AUGUUGAUUCGUCUUCAUUGUACACAUUUUGGUGGAUUACUAUGUGGACAUUUAGUAUUAUCAUUAGUUAUAUUAACAUUUCGAUUAAUCUCAUUUAAUGAAAAUCAUUUCUUGCCAAUCUCUCAUCAUAACUUCUUAUCAAUAAUUCGUGAGAUAUAUUAUCAUCAAGUUGUUGUUUUACUGCAUUUUCUCAGUUUUCAACUAAUAUCUUUACCUUUUUCUGAAUGGAUUGAAUUACAACAAAUUGGACAACUUGGCUUACGUUUCAUUCAUACAAUCAAAAUAUUAUCAUUUAUUGAUUUUUCUAAUAAUUUAAUAUUGAUUUUAAAUCAUUUACCAUUAUUGAUUAUAUCAAUACCAUAUGGAUUUAUAAUACCAUUAUUAAAUGUUAUUAUUGAUAAAGGAUUUUUAUUCUUAUUAUCAUUAUCAUCGUCGUCGCAAUUCAUUCAUCGAAAUAAUUAUUCUAUAAUGAAACAUAAUGAUAAUUUUAUUUCAUCUUCUACAUGGAUUAUGAAUAUUUCCACAUUGUUUAUUCUAUCUAUUGCUUGGUUAUUAACUGAAUCAUUAGCUGUUCUCUUACUCAGCUUAUUAUUAUUGAUCAAUAAUAUUUUAUUUGAUCAACAAAAUUAUAUUAAGAAUAUACAAAAAUCAUUAUGUAAUCAUAAUAAUAAUAAUAAUCCAUUGAUUCAAUUAAUCAAUAAUAAUAAUAAUAAUCAAUAUCAAAUAAUAAAAUAUCAAUUAAAAUUAUAUUAUUUAAUUAAAUGUCGUUUAUUUAUUUUAUUAUUGAUUAUUGAUUUAUUGAUGUUAAAUGAUUGGAUAUUAUUUAUUGAAAGAAUUCAAUUAUUGGAUUAUUAUAAUAUUUCUAGUUACUUUUUACAUUAUUCAUCUAUUUUACAAUUUCAUCAUAUUAUAUCCAGUACUUUCAUUCUAUUAUGUACAUCAAUAUGGUUAUUACAAUUUGGUAUAGUUCAUAUUAUUCAAUCGUCAUCUUCCUCCUCCUCGUGCUCCUCAUCAUCAUCUUCCUCCUCCCCCUCAUCAUCACAAUCAUCAUCUUUAUUGUUGUUCUAUGGUUGUCAUAGUAACAACCACUUUAAUAAUAAUAAUUUUCCAUUAUAUAAAUUUUAAGAUUUUGUUGUCAAUUCAUUAUUAUUUGUUUAUUAUUUAAUUUAUUUAAUUUAGCUAGAUCAUUUCAUAAUAUAAUACAAUUUACUAUAUUUAGCCUUGAAUGUAUUAGUUUAAUGUUAUGGUUUUCAUGUAAAUCUUACACUAUGAAUUAUGAUUAUUUGAAGAAAAUAAAAAAAAAUUAGAAUUUGAUUUCUUUUCUCUUUUUUUCUCUCUUUUUUUUUAAAAUAUCAAUAAUAACAAAAAAAAAGUGAUUUGUUGUUAA